GAUUCUGUGACCGAAGACCGAGAGUGGUUGCAGCGACGCAGCCUGAUCGAAGUCCCAAUGUGCGACCAGAACGACCUUCUUGCCGCCUCGUUAUUGCCAAGCUACGCAGUUACGUUCCCCGCACCAAGUGUUAUGACAAGCAUCUUGAUAAAUGUGCAAUCGCCCCAACACUUGAGCUGCUCUCAAAGGCUCAACGUCAACUACGGAAAGACAAUUCACUCACAAGCAGGUGCCGCUACACAACUCUUGGAAGCACAAUGACGGACGAGGCCUGGGAUGGACUCCCUCAUUGGGAGCAGGAGCCAGAAGUUCCAGAAGAAUUUGUUACUUACCUGGAUGAAAACGUGCAGGCUGCGCUUCCCAAAGGUUCGGAAUUCCUCGAGAUCAGCUCUCAUGGGGCAAGCUUUUGGACGAGGACAGCCCGCGUUGUGAUGGAGGAGGAUGAACAAAUGACAUCGUAUUUCCUCAAGGUCUCGAUCGGCGAAGUAGGAAAAGGCAUGGUCAACGGAGAAUUCAUUUCCAUGAGCGCUUUGCACUCGACGCUUCCGGAGCUCGCGCCGAAGCCGAUUUCUUGGGGCACGUACAAGUCUAACGACAACAUACAUUUUUUCUUGUGUGACUUUCACGAGAUGGAUGACCAGCUGUGCUCUCUCGAGACUUUUCCCAAACUCGUCGCCGAACUUCAUACCAAAGGCAUUUCCCCCAACGGGAAAUUUGGAUUUCCCAUCACGACAUACCAGGGUCGCCUACCACAGGAUACGACGUGGUGCGAUACCUGGGAGGAGUGCUUCACGAGAAACAUUAACAUAAUGUUCGAACAUGAGCUCGCUUCACAGGGCUUAGAUAAUGAGUUCGCUGCCCUUAGGGAAAAGGUCAUGGCCCAAGUCGUGCCGCGACUCUUGCGACCCAUGGAAUUUGGCGAGAGGAAGAUCCUCCCUCGCUUGGUCCAUGGCGACCUAUGGGAAGGCAACACCGGAACAGAUCUGGACACAGGCAUGCCGAAGAUAUUCGACGCAUGCUGCCUGUAUGCCCAUAACGAAUCUCCUGCUGAAGAUUUUGAUGGGCGCAACAUGCUCUAUGCCCUAGUUCGAGGCGAGAUGAAGGAGUUGGUCGAACGAUUUGGCGAAGGAUUUGAGGGCUGGCUGCAGAAGAAAAACGCAAUGGCUGCCAAUACAAACACGGAGGCCACAGGGGGCAUACUUGGGACGGGCCAGAUUGAAGAACGAGAAGCCGCGCAGCCGGUGUCGUCGAUUCCAGCAACUCAAGAAGUCGCAGUAGCAGGUAUGCGGGAAUGA